ACAGUUUUAUUUCAACUAAUGAGAGAAUUAUGGUUUAUGUGAAAUCAAACACAUACAAAUACUUCUCCAUGCCCGCACCAUACCGGUAUCAGCAAGGUUGUUCACCAAAACGUCACUGUCUGAAUAAUAGGAUUUCGUCCUUUAUUCUCAGUACUUUUAAAAUUCAUAUUUUCUUACACUGAUUAAGUAGUCCUUUUAUAAAGAGAAACACACACACACACGCACACACGCACGCACGUUUGGGAAACCAUCUCCCCGAACCCGAGCCUUCCAAGAGAAAGACUGGACCCGAACCACGAGCAAACCGACGGGCGGGCACUCCACGCGGGGGCGCUGCGGACACAGCUGCCGGGGGCCGAGCUCCGCGCCUCCGGACCCCACGCCGGACCCCACGGCCGCCCCGCAGCUCCCCCGCGCGGCCGGCCCGCCCGCCCGCACCUCACCUUGGAAACGGGAUCCGGCGGCCGCCAGCUCGCGGGCGCUCGCUGAGCGCACAGCAAACAGCCGCGGCGAGGGGAGGCGUUCGCACCCGCUCACGAGGGGCGCUCCCGGGGCCUUCAAAGGCAGCGCAGCCAGCGCCUGCCGCGGCCUCCUGCUGGGCACGCUUCGGGCCUGCGUGACGAACGCCCGGGAGCCUGGCGUCUCCCAGGGCUGCCCAUAAAAGCACGGGGACCUGCGCCGCGGGAGGAGCGGAGCCCGGGCUGCACGGAGGCGCCCAGGCGGGAGGCGGGGCUCGGCUGGGCCAUGCACGCGGCCUCCAUCUUCCCUCCGAGCUUGCUGCUCUGCCUACUCGCCGCCCCCGCGCCGGCCCAGCCGGAGGCACUUUUCCACAGCCGGGACCACUCGGACCUACGGCCGUCCCCGCGGCGCCGGGCCCAGCCCAUCGCCGACGUCCUCGCGGCGCAGCGAUUCCUCUCCAAAUAUGGCUGGGCGCAAGCACCCCCGGGGACGGGGUCCAUGCCCCCAGCGUCACGCGGUCCCCGCCUUGAGGACCCGCCCAAGGGCCCCGCCGGCACCGCCCUGGCCCAGGCCGUGCGCAGCUUCCAGAAGGUCAACGCGCUGCCGGCGAGCGGGGAGCUGGAUGCGGCCACGCUGGAGGCCAUGAACAGGCCGCGCUGCGGCGUCCCCGACACGCGGCCCCUGCUGCCCGCAGCCCUGCCGCGCCCGCUGCCCCGGGCCCGCCCCCGGCGCUUCCUGCAGACGCUGCUUCCCGCGCCCGGCCCUCCCCAGGACGCCCCGCACGGUGGGGGCGCCUGGGCCUUCUCCAAAAAGACCCUGACGUGGAGGCUGGUGCGGGAGGGCUACAGCAGCCAGCUCUCCGUGGACGAGCAGAGGUACAUCCUCAGGCUGGCCUUCAGGAUGUGGAGCGAGGUGAUGCCGCUGGACUUCCAGGAAGAUCUCACCUCACCGGAAGCCACGGUUGACAUAAAACUGGGUUUUGGCCGAGGCCGGCACCUGGGCUGUCCUCGGGUUUUUGACGGCAGUGGACAGGAGUUUGCACAUGCCUGGCGCCUGGGCGAUAUCCACUUUGACGAUGACGAGCACUUCACACCUCCCACCAGUGACGUGGGCAUCAGCCUUCUCAAAGUGGCUGUCCAUGAAAUUGGCCAUGUCCUCGGCUUGCCCCACACCUACAGGACAGGAUCCAUAAUGCAGCCAAAUUAUAUAUCCCAGGAGCCUGCAUUUGAGUUGGACUGGCUGGACAGAAAAGCAGUUCAAAAGCUGUACGGUUCCUGUGAAGGAUCAUUUGAUGCUGUAUUUGACUGGAUUCGCAAAGAGAGAACCCAACGCGGAGACGUGAUGAGAUUCAGCACGUAUUUUUUCCGCAGCAGCUGGUACUGGCUUUAUGAAAAUAGAAACAACCGGACUCGCUACGGGGACCCGAUCCAAAUCCUCACUGGCUGGCGUGGAAUCCCAGCCCAAAACAUAGACGCGUUUGUCCACAUCUGGACAUGGAGAAGAGAUGAACGUUAUUUUUUUAAAGGAAAUCAAUACUGGAGAUAUGACAAUGACAAGGAUCAGGCCCACACAGAAGAUGAACAAGGAAAAAGCUACCCUAAAUUGAUUUCAGAAGGAUUUCCUGGCAUCCCAAGUCCCCUGGACACCGCCUUUUAUGACCGAAGAAAGCAGUUAAUUUAUUUCUUCAAAGAGUCCUUUGUGUUUGCAUUUGACAUCAAUAGAAAUCAAGUACUUGAUUCUUACCCGAUGAAGAUUACGAAAGCUUUUCCAGGAAUACAGCCACAAAACCAUCCUUUCAGAAAUAUAGAUUCAGCCUACUACUCCUAUGCACACAACUCCAUCUUCUUCUUCAAAGGCAGCACGUACUGGAAGGUAGUUAACAACAAGGACAAACAGCAGCGUCCCUGGCUUCCUUCAGAUGGCUUGUUCCCAAAGCGGUCUAUCUCUGAGCAGUGGUUUGAUGUUUGCAACGUCCAUACCUCCACCCUGAACAUGUGA